AUGGCGAGCAACUUCGAUCAGGUCAUCUCUUUGCAGGGAGAUGGGCUUGAAGUCCAAGGCCUUCUCAAGCGGCGAACCCCUUCGACUACGUCGCUGCCUCUGGUGGUGUUUAUUCAUGGCGGGGGCGCCAAUGCGGCAUAUUUCGAUAACUCAAGCUACUCGUACCCUAGGGUUCUGAGCGAACAGGGCCACAAUGUCCUGAAUAUCCAACGUGCUGGAUACGGCGGUGUUUGCCUUCCUAAGACCCAAACACCUCUUCUCGAUUCGGUAUCUUUGAUCACCAAGCUUAUUGCCAAUGUCUGUGAGACCGAGCAGUGCGGACAAGGGGGAGUGAUUCUCGUGGGGCAUUCGAUGGGAGGAGCGAUUGUGCUCGCCAUCGCAGCCCAAUCAAAGACUCCAUUCUCCAUUCUGGGCGUCAGCGCUCUAGGGGUCGUCCCUAGUCCCGAGAAAGGGACUCUUCUGCCAGAUCCAGAUCCCACCCCUAGUGAACCUCGCUAUUCGAUUGAGGAUCCGCCUACUGUAAUCAAAAAGUUCUUCGGGCCUUUUGAAUGCCUUAACGAAGACGUGUUUACUGGCGACACGCUCCGGGCAGUUUUUGAGCCGGCUCAUCCCCGUCUGUGGAAGCAAAGCUGCUUCGAGGUGGGGGGUCACAACUACGAGUUUACCAAACAUUCAGCUGACCUCCACGAGCUCCGGUAUCAGUUUAUCUCGAAAAUGGUGGAGCUGCCUGCACCGGGGCCUGAUGAGCCUCUGUAUAGGAAUAUCUGUGGUCCAAAUCAGGUGAGAAGCCAGUUUCAUCGUCCUCAUGAUCGCCAGCUCAUUAUAGGCCAGUGGCCCGAUAGCACUGCGCUCCCGGGAUUUCGUGAAGCGAUUGAGAACUAUAUUGCACAGAUUACCAACUUGUCUGGCAAGUUCACUGCUCUCAUAGCCGAAGCAUUAGAUCUCCCGCCAAACGCAUUCGACGAAGCAUUCGACAACCCGCAGCAGCACAAGCUAAAGCUGAUCAAAUACCCACCACCUCCCCCUGAUCACUCGGAGGCAACCGGCUUUCAGGGUGUCGGCCCUCAUAAAGACUCCGGUUUCCUCACGUUCCUCUUACAAGCGACGCCUCACCAUGGGCUCGAGGUGCAGAACAAGGCCGGCGACUGGAUCUCAGCCCCACCAAUCCCGGAUACAUUUGUGAUCAACAUUGGAAGAGCACUGGAAGCGAUGACCGGCGGGGUGUGUACUGCAACAACGCACCGUGUCAGCUUGCUCAAAAAGAACUUUGUUGACUCCAAGGGUGCUUCUCUGGGGGCUCGCUUCUCCUUCCCAGUUUUCCAAGGCGUCAGCCCCGACCUGUCGGCGGAUAAAAUUACUCUCGUGGUACCGCAGCAUAUCCGCGACCUGGUCAAGGACGCCAAAGUCAAGUCAGAUGCAGAAGCUACAUUCAAUCAGAUGUUCAAGAGAAACCUGGGCGAGGGCACGCUGGUCGCGCGGGUCACGAGCCACCAAGACGUUGGACAGCGAUGGUAUCCCGAGAUCCUGGCGCGUGCGCUUCAGGGCCAAAAGGAGUAUGUAGCAUGA